UCCUCGGAUGGCUGUUUCCCUGGCAACGUGGGGAGGGCGUGUCGAGAGAGAGGUAUAAAAAUGCCGGCAGCUCCUCACUGAGGCUCACUCUGAGGUAAAUACACACACUGUCAACACAAACAGGGUCCUGAUUCACUCUCUCUUCCUAUCUCAGAACACAGUCUGAGGCUCACCUCCAGAAUUUACUGUUAAGUAUGAUGAGACCUAAGGAUCUGCGCCAGGGCUCUGGCACAAAGACCUUCCUGGAUGCCAUGCACGGGGGCAAAGUGCACCUAGCACGCUUUGUCCUGGAUGCGCUGGACAACCGCAUCAUCAACUCCAAGACAGAGAACGGCCGCACCCCUCUGAUGUUCGCCGUUUGCCUGCAGGAUCCCGUGGCCAGGGCCAAGUUUACCCGUCUGCUGCUGGAGAAAGAGGCUGACGUGAACUGCCAGGACGAAUACGGGCGCACGUCCUUGAGCCUGGCCUGUGAGCUGGGCCACCUGGACGUGGUCAAACUUCUGGUGCAGUUCAACGCCAACCCUGAUGUGUCUGACACCUGGGGGAACAGCGCACUGAUCUACGCAGCCUACACCGGCCACAGCCACGUGCUGGAGUUCCUGGUCAGGUCUUUCAAAAGAAUGGGCAUGAGGCUUGACCGUACCAACCACGCUGGCCACUCUGCCAUCCAGGUGGCCAACUUCUUUGGGCACGACCAGUGUGUCCAGGCCCUAAACUCUGGGAGGAGGGGGGUGGUGUCAGAUGACCAACUAGGGGAGGUCGGGAUCGGGAAAGAGGGAGGGACCGAGCGGAGGCAACCAAACAAGCUCCCCAGGCAGGUUCUGGAGAGGUUCUCUAAACCAUUCCACAGCACGGAUGAAGACCAGCUACCUAAGGUGUUCCAGAGACAGCUGAGGGUCGGGGACAGCAACGAGCUGUGGGCGCGCAUCAAAUGCCAGAGUAAGUCCCUUGAGAGAAACAGCAAUUGCCUAGAGAGGGGCCAGUCAGAAGAAGAACAGGAUGACAUAUUCCCAGCCAAACAGAUACAGUCACAGAACUGUAAGCUAAGGCACAUGAGGGGGGUUAAAACAAUGAGCCAUUGCCCAGAGCCAAGCCAGAAAAAUGUCAGCAGAAACGAACGAAUGAAACAGGAGGUGACAGAUAGUAUUUCAGUCUGGGGCAAAGCAAAGUCAUUUAACCUGGACCUGCUGAGCAGCAGAAAGCAGUCCUAUCAUGGGGAUGUGUGUGACAUGAGCCUAUCAGCCAGGAAAUUAAAGAGAGCCUCGCUGCAGGACGAAAGAGCCCUGAUAGUCAAGACUGAAUGUCAAGAGAGCAACUGUGAGAUGACAAACGAUGCUGACAAAACUGUCACUGCGCAAAAAGCACUUUUAAACGGCAAAAGUCAAUCUCCGAGAGAGCCCGAGGAUUCCACCAGGGCGCCAAAAGAUGAAAAUAAUGACUUCGCUCAAUCAAGCUGGAGAGGGAGUCAGAAGUGCGGCAGCCUCCCUCCGAACGGACGACUCAACAAACUCCUCUUCCACAGAGAAGAGAUGGAGCCGGAGAAGAUUCCUGUCCAUCCCCUGGGGUUCACCGGGUUGGGAACCAGAUUACUUCGGCGAUUCACCGCCCCUGAGUUCAUGAGACUGGUAAUUAACUCUUCCUCCGAUUCCUCACAGGGCAGAGGGAGGAUGUCCCGGUCUGAGACUUUCCCCUUUUCUCACACUCACCAGAGAGUUAACAGUCAGCCAAGCGUGGACAGCAUUAGCGGGGUGAAGUGUGAAUUUGAGAGCAGUUCCUGCGGUGUCUCCGAGUAAAAUGAAAAUCAACUGUUGAAUUUGGAGAAUUAGUGGCAGUUGAUUUAAUAAAGCAUUUUAGAUUCCUUUAUUCUUAGAUUGGAAAUGAAAAAUGAUCAUAUAGUUAAGCUAAGCUUGUGUUUCUUGAGUUUAACGAGUACAGCCCAUUGCUUUGUCUGUAGAUUCACAUAUAUUUGACACAAUAUUAUAUUACACUAUUAAUUAAAUGUGUAGCGUAUAUUCUAUUUAUCAUGCAUAAUUAUUUAUAAUGAAUCAUGCACAGGCCAUGCUAUAUGAAUUGUAAUAUAUUUAUUUAAUGUUUUCAAAUGUGACAGUAUUCUAAUUUCUGCAUUUGAUACAAUGUAUGUGUGAGAGAGGGGACGAGAGAAAGAAAGAGAGAGAUGAACCUGUGUGAAAGGGGACGUUAAACAUCAAACUGAAUAGGAACAAAAUAGUGGUUUGUUUAUAAAGAUCAAGAGUCAAUAUGCAUUAUUUAUUGUUUUUUACAAAAAGAUUAUAAUGUAUAAUUUUAUUUUUCAUGAAUGUCUUACCUAGAAAUACUAAUACAUUAAAUAUAUUGUAUGACUGGAAAGAAUACAAAGACAAUGUGCAAUGUGUUCUCAGCUGGUGCACACAUUUUCUGUAGCAACACACACAUCCUAUAGUUUAAAAAGUUGGUCGCAACACAGUGGAAGGGAUGGUUGAGGCAAACACUAAAACAGCAUCCAGGCAUAAACACACACACUUUUAAGUUAAAUUCAUACCAUAUAAGUACAGUGGCUCUGCAAUUAAGUCCUAUAAUAUUACAAGUAAGUCCUGUAUUUACAUGAUUUGUUCAUCUGCUACAUUUCAAGUUGAUAUUCUAAACUGAAAACUUAUUUGCAAUUUCACGUUACAAACCAUUCACAACACUUUUCGGGAAAAGCAAAAUAGAAUAAAUAUUAAAAGGAACAUGAUUCCUUGAGCACAAUAAAAAGAAACAGCCAUCCCCUCAUCUACACAUUUGUCAUGGUGAUACUGGCAGCAGGUCUCUCAUGUCAUCUCUUAGUAGCAUGUUUUAAACAUUCUGAUCAGGCCAGGUCUGCCUUCAUUUGGCCAUGCAAAUUGUUUACUGACAAAGUGAACUUCAGUCAGUGUCCCAUAUGGUUGUAGAGGUAUGUAACAUCAAGCUUCUCUCCAAGUCAUGAGCUAUACAUGAUAAAAUAGCUGUUAAUUUCAGCACUUUUCAGGAGGAAUGAAGCAUUAUUUCAAUGAGCUGUAAGGGUACCAACAAAUUUGAGCACGUCUGUAAGUGGUACUCACUCAGAUGUCCUUAACACUUAAUGUUUUUGAGUACUGUUAACAAAACAAAUAUUAGGUUAUAUAGUAAAUCGAACUUUAUUUGUCUUUGUUCUGCUGAUCUAAAUGAAAGAGUUUUUACAAGUUAUGAUUAUUUAAUAUCUUACAGACAAUCUAACAUUUAUUAAAUAAGUUGUUCUUGCUUGAUUGUAUUGUUUUACAUCUUUACAUUGAUAUCGGAGUUAAAAAUACUGUAUUUAUCCGUGUUGUGAUGAUAUCAAAUGAUUAUGUUUUUUCUAGUUAUGAAUACUUAAUAGUGCCACGUGGCUCUGUUUUUAGAGUAUUGCGGGUAAUUCAAAAUGUUUAGACUUUAUGAUACUUUUACACAAUGUUGUAUGCAUGUUCGAAGAAAGAAAAGUAUAUUUCUAAAAUAGUAAUAAGCAGUUUGCUGUGCUAUGAGGUGUAAUUGAUCAUGAGGAACGGAUAUCAAAACCGUCAAGCAAAUUGAUGUUCAAUAAUGAGACAAGCCAUUCCCACCAACAACAAAGUCAUUAGCACCACUCUUAAUGACAGAGGCUAAGGUGGAUUCAAAUGACAAAUCGUCAAAUACGUAAAACAAAGUUAAACAUUUAGACAUGGCCAUUGAAAACUACUUACACUUGACAAAAAUGAGUAAUGAAGGUAAAUAAAUUAAGUAGAAGGGACACUAAAUGUUUAUGUUCACUCAAAAAAUAUUCAUGUUCAAGUAACUUCAAUCUUUAUAGUUCACAAUACAUAAUGCAAUUUAGUGUCAAAAAGUUAAUGAAACACAAAACAGUGAAGUAUUUCGAACUUAAAAAGAUAACUAUAUGGGUGGUGAUGUUAUUAUUUGAAGUAUUAAACACUGGCAUUCUUUGAGCUGGGUGUCUCGAAUGGUUCUAAGCAAUGGGAUUCGACAGAAAGAUGUAGUUAGCAGAACUAAUUACUUUUUACAGUAAAUACGUUUAUUUUUCAUUAUUUAUUAUGAUAAACAAAAAGAAUUACAAUCUUUUUUCUUGUAUUUGAGGAAUGGGAAGAGUGGACCCGAAGGUCCCUAGUUCGAAUCCGGCUGCGGCCAGAAAUACAAUUUCUAAACUACAGUCUCCAAAAGUGUUAUUAUAUUUCACAUUGGUGAAUUUAAG